UCAUGGCAGACGUAAUUAACCCGGAAAGAAGCGGCGGCGGCGCCGGGAGCCACCCUCCGCCGCCCGGCCCCGCUCCGCGGGCGCACAGCGCAGGGACCCGCGGGGCAGAUGCUGGAGUUCGUUGCUGGGCUCUGCCUGCACCGUCUGUCUCGUGUCAGCCGCCGGAUAGACGUCGGCAGGGCGAGCUCUUUGCAAGACCAGGGUGAUGUGAGAAGGAGCCCGGCAUGCCGUACCUGGACCGGCAGAACCGUAUCUGCGGCUUCCUGGACAUUGAAGAAAAUGAGACCUGUGGCAAGUUCCUGCGGAGGUACUUCAUCCUGGACACCCAGGCCAACUGCCUCCUGUGGUACAUGGACAACCCCCAGAACCUGGCCAUCGGCGCGGGAGCUGUCGGGUCUCUGCAGCUCACCUACAUCUCCAAGGUCAGCAUCGCCACCCCGAAACAGAAGCCCAAAACCCCGUUCUGCUUCGUUAUCAACGCCUUAUCUCAGCGCUACUUCCUACAAGCCAGUGACCAGAAGGACCUGCAGGACUGGGUGGAAGCGCUGAACCGGGCCAGUAAGAUCACGGUGCCGAAGGGCGGCAGCGUCCCACCGGCCACAGAGAUCACGAAGCCUCCGGUGGUGCCGCAGGCACAGGAGAGGAAGCCGCAGGUUGCCUACAAAACCGAGAUCAUCGGGGGGGUGGUGGUCCACACACCCAUCUCCAUCAACCAGAACGGGGGGGACGCAGGGGACGGCAGCGACGUGGCCGCGCACCCGCUGCUGCGGCGCUCUCAGAGCUACGUCCCCCCCUCGGCCACCAAGGCACCGGCCGGGCCCCCCCCGCUCAAGAGUGGCUACUGCGUGAAGCAGGGGAACGUGAGGAAGAGCUGGAAGCGCCGGUACUUCGUUCUGGAUGAGUUUUCCAUCAGUUACUACAAGUGUGAGCAGGACAAGGAGCCCUUGCGUUCCAUUCUCCUGAAGGAUGUUUGCAAGACCCAUGAGUGCCUGGUCAAGUCUGGUGACCUCCUGAUGCGGGACAACCUCUUUGAAAUCAUCACGAACUCCAGGACCUUCUACAUCCAGGCAGACAGCCCCGAGGACAUGCACAGCUGGAUCCGAGCCAUCACAGGGGCAGUCCAGGCCCUGAAAACCCGCCCCAGGGAGAUGUCCUUCAUGAGAUCCACAUCCAUGGUGAGACCCGGGGGCUCCUCAGCCCAAUCCCAGCAGAGGCCGGUGGCGGAGGAGCGGAGGGCGCUGUGCCGGGCCCCCACCAGCUCCUCCUGGCAGCCCUGGACGCCGGUGCCGGUAGCGGGGAAGCAGCCGGAGGUGCCCGCAGUGCUCAGGGACUCGCUCUUCACACCAGCCCUCACGGAGCGCGAUGGCGGAGCCGCGCCGGGCACCCGCGUGCGGCACAAGUCGGAGCCGCAGCAGCUCAAGGAGAAGCCCUUCGUCUUCGACCUGGAUGAUGAAAGCAUCCGGACCUCCGAUGUGUGAGCGGGGCCCAUCCCCGGCUGCUGGGGUGAUUUGGGGUGUGCUCCAUGUGUGUGCUCAGCGCCUCGGACCAAGCUCGCUCCCGUCGUCUCAGUGGGGUGAAGUGGCCCCAUCCCUCCAUCACUGCCCAUCCCUGCGAUGCAGGAUCCGGCUGGACCCGCAUCCCAGCACCCCAGAGAGCAGGGUCCUGCCUGCUCCCACCUGGGCUUUGCCCCAAUGCCUCCGUGUUUCAGAAGCUGCCUCUGUGCUGGUCCCCAGCGUGGCCUGGAUGAGAGGACAUCUUCUGCAACCUCACAAUUCUCCCUCCAAAACCAAGCCUGGAGGAAGCAUCCGGAGGUCUCGGAGGUGUGAAGGGGAGCGUGGCCUUUCUUGUGUUUGGGACAAAACCUGUUUUUUCUCCUCUUUUGUGCUGCUCAUCCUGCCUGUACAAGGACACACUGCAGCUUCCCUAGGAGAGCAGCUCUGCACGCUGCCCGACUGGUGCAGCAACAUCUCUGUUGGCUUUUAAUGAUGUCUUUUGAUACCCGUGGCCGCUGUUAAACCCCAGCCCUGGCGCAGCUCCUCCAAAAGGCUUGUUGGUACCUCUGGAGCAGCGGUGGCUCUGGGGAUGCUCAGGGAUGGGGUUGGUUUUGCUCUGGGCACCGGGGAACCCUGCCUGGGGGUGAAGCGCUUUGAGCAGUGAAAAAGGAGUGUUUAACAGCACCGGGAGGACUCGUUGCACCAGCUGCUGCCUUGAUGUGAGAAUGAGCAGAAGUCUUUAGAGCAAUGUGAACUUGUCAUCUCCGUAACCAAAUAAGCUCGUGUAGGAGGUGUGAUAAAUAGUGUGUAGAUUCAGGUAUUCCCUAGGCAGCAAAAUUGUCUGUUAUCCUCACCCUGAAACGCAUGUGCAAUCCUUGGGUACCAGUGAGGAUGCAGCUCCCCAUCCCUGCUGUCAGCAUCAUGCUGUGUUGGUGUGACCUGAGGCCCUCAGUGACACGGGUUAGUGGUGGCAUUGGCAGUGCUGGGCAACGGUUGGACUUGAUGAGCUUGAAGAUCUUUUCCAAUCUGGUUGGUUCCAUGACUCCACAACCGAAGUGUAAGUGCUGCUUCAGCUUGCAUUCAAGGGCUCUCACCCAGCCCCAGGGUGGCAGAGAGGAGCAUUGGCCAGGUCCGUGCGCUGUGGAAAGUGGCACGUGUAGGGGUGGAAAAGCUUUAGUUUGUUCUUUUGUUUUCCUUUCUUUUUCCUUGUCGUAACAUGUUCUCUGCUCUGCAAAACCAGCUCAAAGAUCCUGUCUGUCCCUGCCCUUCCCAAGGCUCCAGCUCAGCCUGGGAUGGAGCAGAGCUUUAGCUGUUGAGCUCUAAGCACUGAUGAGCCUGACUGAGCUUAGCAAGGUUAAAACUGCAUCUUCCUGCAUCAGAGGGGCUGCUCCAUCCAGGCAGCCUGGGGCAGGCAGUGACAGGACCCCCCGAGUUCAGGGGUACACUCUAGGGGGGGUGUGGAGAUGCUGGAGAACACUGAAACUAUGAAAACGAGCAGGAAUCAAUGCAAACGGUACAGGGUGAGUGUUUGUUAUUUAACUGUAGAAACCUAGGUCAUGCUGUUCCUUCUUUUGGCUUUAUUUGCACUAGUGCUUGAGAUUAAUUUUUAGGCUGACUUGGCUCAUGAUGUGGUGUUUCAGGAAUGUUUUAGGGAUUUGGUAAGCCUGUCAAUCACAGUCACAGCAGUCGGUGAUAGUGCUCUGGCCUCGUUUCUGGAUACACCAAAUGCAGAGGGAUGGUGGUUUCUUCGUGCCAGGCUUCAAACCCAUGCAGUACCAAGUGUUUGUGUCGCUUGAUAAUGGCAAAGUUUCCUGGGGCCUGGGAUGGGAAAGCAGAAGCUUGUUGCACAAUUAGGGUUAAUUAUCCAGGAGGAGAAACUACCAGUGGCUCCAGCGCUGUUGCGACAUCCCUGUUUCUCAUUCCCACCCUCCCCACAUCCCCAGGACAACGUGAAGGCUGAAUGUGAGACCGGGACAAACACGGCCAAAGCCGAGCCAGGCUCCAAACUCCCUGUAAUAUGGGUGGUGUUACAGGGAGGAAUUUCUCUCCCAUCCCAAAGGACCAGGCAAGUGCAGCCGGACUUCGAUGGAGCUUUGUGGUGAUUUCUAAAGCAAACUGCUGUCCCCCAUCUCUGCGUUCACAUGGGGGGUAACACAUCCCCUGUAGCGUGUGCCAUGGAUUUCCCACUUUCCUAAGGAUAUGGGCAAGGUUCGAGGUGUCUGGUGUGGGAAGAGGGGUGUGAAGGUGGGUUUGCUUUUUGCUAUGCAAACUCCAGGGUGGUUUCAGCUGCGGAUUCAAGUGCUCUUAGUGCCGGGUGCCUCGUGCGGGCGAUGCUCUGUGGUGCCGGUACCCACCUCCCAUCCCUCACCUGUAACUCCUGCAGGAGAUGGAACACCCCUUUUUUUCCCUGUGUUUUUGAAUAAAGAAGGAAAUCCCAGUUGCUUUUCCA